GGACGAGGAAGCCAUCUUGUAAUUUUUUUCCGAAUCGGGAACACGGAUUGGAGUGCGUGAGGAGUGUGGGGGGAAUAAGGGACCCAGGAUUGCCGUUUUGUGUUAAAAAGAUAUCGCUGCAAAACGCGAGUUUUUGUGCGUGUGCGAGCCUUCAAGCCCCUUGACGUCUUCUUUGAAAGCGAUUCGAAACCUUCACGGGGGGGGGCGGUGAUGUGUGUGUGUGGUGGCGGUGGUGGUGGUGGGGGGAGUUAGGAGGGGAAAAAAAAGUAAAAAAAAAAAAGCUCGGGGUUCAGAAAUUCACGUCGGCGCGUGUUUCAUUUCUGCGUGUGGGUCUAUGAUGAAUGGAGGAUAAAUGUUGUUCAAGGCUGACAACAGCAGUUGCGCCCUCCUCCUCCUCUCUCUCCUCUUCGCCCUCACUCUGACAGACCCACCGCGAACAGGUCCGCGCCUGGCUCUGGCACGAUUACUGUCAGAGCUGCGGUGCAGCCCUGGCCAGUUCGCCUGUCGCAGCGGGAAGAUGCAGUGUAUCCCCCUGGCCUGGCAGUGUGACGGAUGGACAGCCUGCGAGGACAAGAGCGAUGAGAUGGACUGCCCCACUGUGAAAAAGGAUGAGAGGUUCUCCUACAGCAAUGGGUACGACAACGAAGAAGGCAUCAUCAGUGUGGCUCAACCUGUGCGCUUCAACAAGAAGUGCCCCAACGGCUGGCAUCACUAUGAGAAAACGGCCAGCUGCUACAAGGUUUACCUGAACAGCGAGAACUACUGGCAGGCGGUGGAGACCUGCCAGAGGGUCAACGGGUCCUUGGCCACCUUCGGCACCAACGAGGAGCUGCAGUUCAUUCUGAGGAUAGAGGUGGAUUUCGACGAGAAAGUGUGUGAGCACAAGGACCAGUGCAAGUUCUGGGUUGGUUACCAGUAUGUUAUCACUAAUCGCAAUCAUUCUCUUGAAGGCCACUGGGAAGUGGCUUAUAAAGGCUCCAUGCAGGUGUUUUUACCCCCUGAAGGACUGACUAACUCUGGGGAGGCGAUGCCGAAUCAGGAGAAUGUGUUUUGCGCUCAGCUGCAGCGUUUCCAAAUCAAGACGAUGAAUGAACGAGGCCUACACAGCUGGCGUGCCGAAAACUGCUACAAGAAAUUUCCUUUUCUCUGUAAAAGAAGUAGGUUGAAAGGACAGACGUGUGUAGACAUCAAGGACAACGUGGUAAAUGAAGGCUACUACUUCACUCCCAAGGGCGAUGACCCCUGCCUGAGCUGCACGUGUCACGACGGCGAGCCGGAGAUGUGCGUGGCGGCGCUCUGUGAGAGGCCGCAGGGCUGCACUCACUUCAGGAAGGACCCCAAGGAGUGCUGCAAGUUCACCUGCCUUGACCCAGAUGGGAACAGCCUGUUCGACUCCAUGGCCAGCGGGAUGCGACUGAUUGUGAGCUGCAUCUCCUCCUUCCUCAUCCUCUCUCUGCUGCUCUUCAUGGUGCACCGGCUUCGGCAGAGGCGCAGGGAGCGCAUCGAGACGCUCAUCGGAGGAAACUUGCACCACUUCAACCUGGGCCGCAGGGUUCCUGGCUUCGACUACGGCCCCGAUGCCUUCGGGACAGGCCUGACUCCGCUGCACCUGUCAGACGAUGGCGAGGGAGGGGCCUUUCAUUUCCAUGAGCCCCCACCCCCGUACGCCGCCUUCAAAUACCCCGACAUACAGCACCCCGAUGACCCCCCGCCCCCCUACGAAGCAUCCAUCAAUCCAGACACUAUCCUCUACGUUGAUCUGGGACAAAAUAAUUCCCCAGCCAAUGAAACCAGCCACCCGCCUUUAGAAGCCGGCAGUCUCCAGCAGGAAGUGACAGAGGAGGUCUCUGCGUUAGAGCAGUCUUCAGAAGAACAUGACGAUUCCAUUGACAGCAGCACACUGCUGGUACCCCCAGACUCGCCUAAUGAUGAAACCAUCACAACAGAAACUGCAGUUGCGUACUGCACCAGCAACUCUUCACUAAGCACUGUUGUCUAAGACGGGGAGCAAGGUCAUUCUUUUACCGUCAAACAAAAUGUUUAGGGGAGCUGUUUGCACACUGCUGUACGGAUACGAGUUGUUACUCUAGGCAGUUGUCUACAGAGGCUUCUAGUUUCAUUUCCAUGCUCUUGCUAUUAUGCCACAGGUUAGUAUCACUUUUAUGUUAUCUUUUAAAUUCAGAUUGCGCUAUCCUGCCGUUUCCAUGGAGGAUGCUACGAAAGGGGUUCGUGAUCAAAUUGGGGAAAAAAGUCAGGCAGCUUUUUUUUUUAAAUAAAGAUUCUUUGGAUCAAUGGAAAUUGGAACUGAAGGACUGCACAGCGGAGCACGGGUGAUUUUGCAUACGUGAUGUGUACCGUCUGCUACGUUAGAAUGGAGGUUCUAGAAAGUUAAAACUCUUCUUUCGAAAUGUCUGAAAGGUGUAAAGUUUGUUACAAAAUGAGAAUAUAGUUUUCUCAUUGUAAAUAUGGGUCUCCGGACUCCACUCCUUGCAAACAGGAGGGGUAAAUGACACUGAUGUGCAAAUUUUUAGAAUUUCUGUCUUCCAAAUAUACUGUAUCAAACGGGAAGAAUACAUGAAAAUUGUGACAUCUAUUCAUGAAAAUCCUGCAUAGCCCUUUGCAGUCAUUUGGCAUCGUGCAGGCAGUCGUGCGACUGUUUGAUGGGCAAGAGACGUGUCCUGCAAAAAAGAGGAAUGGUUAAAUGAAAUAUUCUCUGUAUUUUUGAUUAAAUGUUUUUAAUAAAUUAAAACACUAGCAAAACUCUAAAUGAGUCGCAUAAGAAAAUGCAAUGUCCAGAUGUCUUAUUUUGAGAAUUGAGCACUAUUGGCAAUUUUUAGGUUAUUUUAUAGUGAGAUAGACUAUAAAUUCAUGUUUGUAAGUCUUGAGAACCUAUGCAUUGAGAUGUCAGAAGUACUGUACAUUGUAAUACAGUUCCAGAUUUACUUAUACAUUAUACCCCAAAUAAAAUUUUCAACUUUUUCAAUUAGAAAUGUACAGUACUCACUUUUUCUAAAUUAAUUUUGAAAGUCCAUUAUUAGUUUUGUACAAUCCUUUUUAAUGCACAGUAUGUUUUGGGAAAUAUAGUUCCUAUGGGUCUUUUCAAUAGGAGAUGUGGUUCGUAGGUUUCGGGUGUUUUUGUCAAGAAGGUGGCUUUGUGAAAAGUUGAUGUUCAGACUUCCUGAAAUCAAUUCCUGAGGUCUGUUUUUUUUCACGGCAGACAUUAGAAAUUCAAUGUUUUGCACAUCACUGUUUUGUGAAGCGGGUUCUGUGCAUUUCUGGUUGAUUAAAAAUAUAUAUAUAGAACAUUCUAAACUUUAUUGAAGUACCAAACACAUCAUAACUUUUAUAUUUUGUAACAUUUCAGAGUUAUUGUACAUUUUUCUUUUUUUGUGGACUGGUGGGAUUAUAUUUUGGUUGGUUGAAGAAUAGUUCUACCAUUGCAGUGUUUUUUUUUCUCCUGUUUUCUUUGUACAAAAGUUUGGAGUAUAAAGGUAAUCUCAGAUGAUGGGCCCAGUCUGCGUGGCUUGUAAAUUCCACAUGAAUGAGUUCAGCCUCCUGAGUGUCAAGUCAAUAAGAAGCUUAACCUAAUGGCUUAAGUCAGCAGACUCUUUUGAAUAAACAUGCAGAUAAUUCAAGCUUGAUUCAGCCAUGGAGUUCAAAGAUUUUAAAUAAAGGCAUAUACAUUUGCUGGGAUGAUGAAAGUCAACCUUCUCUACCCAGUCCUUGUGGGAUAUAUAGGAUAACAUGCUAUUGUGAACUGAAUGCUGUAGAUCAGCCAUUAAAAAAAAACUGCAAUAU